GUUUAAUUUUUGGGUUUGUUUAAUGAAAAAAGCUUGAGAAAGCUCAAAUAAAUUAUGUCCCACUUUUGACUUUAACGCCUUUACGGAAAUUAUGGCUUUUCUUUUGAAGUGUUUGCGGUGCCAGAAAAACACAAGUACUGGUGGCGACCGAGGAGGAGGAGGAGGAGGGAACGGGAAUGAGUGGGAUAGUGGCGGCGGCAGCGAUGGGGAGACGACGGUGGCGGCGGCGCCGAGGGAAUCGUCAUAUAAUGCAUCCACCGUCAGGGAGACGUCGGUGGCGUAUGAUGAUGAGCAGUCGGAGUGGGUGGCGGAGGUGGAACCCGGCGUUGACCUCACUUUGCAACCUCUUCCUGGCGGGGGUGGGAAUCAGCUCAAACGAAUCCGUUUCGACCGGAGCAGGUUUGACAAGUGGAAUGCACAGCUUUGGUGGGGAGAGAAUUGGGACAGGGUUAAUCAGCUGUACAAUAUCACGCAGAGUAACCAAUCAUAUCCAACUCCUACUCGUACCGUGGAGACAGACUCACAAAACACGUAUUCUCAGCGGGGAUCAUUAGCGAGGAGCUCGUCGAUGGCGGGAGGAGGAUAUGAGGAUGAAACGGCAGUGGCCUCCUCUUCGGCAUCCCAUGUGAGCUGUGCAAGUACUGAAGUGGAGCGAAUGUUCGUUGAAGAAGUUGAGCCUGGGGUUCAUAUCACAUUCGUCAAGUUCUACGCCGAGCGACAUGGGGAGAGGAGCGUGCCAAGCUAUGGUGGGAAGAGAAUAAGGAGCGGUUAAUAAUUGAAUACUCCUUAUAGUCCUACGG